UCCCAGCUGUCAAUCACACGCUGGCUGAGCUCUGUGCUGCAGGAGCGGCGGCGGCGGUGGCGGCGGCGGUGGCGGCGGCGGCGAUGGGACCCCAGCGAGAGAUCUGCGGCUAGCUGGCUGCACUUGCUCCACGGGUCAGAGGAUCGGAGGGGGCAGGUAAAGACAUGCCGAGCCCAAGGGUGCGGUAUUCUAUACUAGGAUUGAAGAAUGUGCCGUUAAAGAGAAAGGUCAAAGAGCAAACAAAAAAAGAGGGAGAGAAGGACUUCAAAGCUGGGAAGGAUGAAUUCUUGCAGUAACAUCUGCGGGUCCAAGCAGGCACAGGCUGCUGGCGAGGGCGGGUACCAGCGCUAUGGCGUCCGGUCCUACCUGCACCAGUUUUAUGAGGACUGUACCACCUCGAUCUGGGAGUAUGAGGAUGAUUUCCAGAUCCAGAGAUCGCCUAACAGGUGGAGCUCAGUAUUCUGGAAGGUCGGACUCAUCUCUGGCACAGUCUUUGUGAUUCUUGGAUUGACUGUUCUGGCAGUGGGCUUUCUUGUGCCCCCCAAAAUUGAAGCCUUUGGCGAAGCUGACUUCGUGGUGGUCGACACGCAUGCUGUCCAGUUUAACGGAGCCCUUGACCUGUGCAAGCUGGCAGGAGCCGUGCUCUUCUGCAUCGGGGGAACGUCCAUGGCGGGGUGCCUGCUGAUGUCGGUGUUUGCAAAAAGUUACUCCAAAGAAGAAAAAUUCCUGCAGCAAAAGUUUAAAGAGCGAAUCGCAGACAUCAAGGUACACACCCAGCCCAUUACAAAAGCUCCGGGCCCAGGGGAAACAAAGAUACCGGUCACUUUGUCCAGGGUUCAAAAUGUCCAGCCUGUAUCAACAACCUGAACCUCCCCACCGCCACCACCGGUCCUCCCCUCUCUAACAUGGUUACAAUGAAGCAGGCCAGCUUUUGAAGUGACAAAGAUUCGGUGUUGAUUUGCACAGGCCUGUGCUUGUCUGUGGGCAGCACGGGGCGCGAGCUCACACUUGCUCAGCUCAGUGGCUCUGGGGAAGGUGGACGCCAUGUGUCCAGCUGUGCACAGGCUCCCAGCUGCUUAGAGGGUGUUUCUGUGUGUCCGUCAGGAGCCCCCUCCCACUCCCCUCCCAUAGAUUGUGACUUAGUGUCCUUUUCCGUGUUUUUGGAAAAUGCUGAACAGUUUAGACCAGCCUACCAACUGCUAACGUGCCCAUUUUAUUUUCUAAUAUUGGUUUUUCUAAUCUCCCCUGUGUGGUGCUGCCUUCCAUUCCUGUCUCACUAAGUGUAAGAUAUUGUCAUAUGUGUUCUUAGAAAAAUGAAGUUCCCUGACUUUGACCCAAUCGCUAGUCUUUCAACUAUAUCUUAACAUGAGGUUCUUGAGAUUGGAUACAAAUUUAUCAGAUUUCUCCAUAAAUCUUUUUUUCUUUAGUUUUUUUCACUUAAAAAAACUAAAAUUGCCAACUGUAGAAUCUUGGGGAAAAAGUUAAUGUUAGGAGUAUCUAUGUACUCAAUGUCCAAAAGCACUGAAUUCGAAGCCAAGAAAUUUGAAUUCUUACUACUAACUAGCUCUGUGACCUUGGGGAAGUCACUUAACCUCCCAAGCCUCAGUUUCCCCAUCUACAUAAUGGGAGUCCCAGACUGUGAUAGCUGAGAUUCCUUUUGUACCAUGUGUCAUCGUGUCUCCCCCCUCCAAAGGGUGUUUACGAUGUUUUGGGACUCUCACCACAGGGGAGUUCUUUUAGACCUGGACUCGGAGAGUCACCCAGUCAGCAGCCUCUGUCCACCAAUCCCUUAAAUAUCCAACCCCAGCAGUUUAUACGAUGCUGCCAUAUUUUUAUAAAGACAAAAGUAAGCCAUUCUCAAAUAAGAAACCCCUGAGUAGAUAUUAACCUUAAAAAGGGUUUUCUUUCUCCAAUAAGACAUUUUAUUCUCCAGCAAGAUGUUUGUCUCAUCCCUUUGCGAUUUUAUUUAAUCUGUGGAUUUCAAGAACUGAGGGAAAUGGAAGAUGUGACAUGGGUAUUCUCUCAGACUUUGUGCCCCUUCGUAUUCUGUCUUUUUUUUUUUUCUUCCUUCACUGGAUAAAUAAAAUAUGUGAAAGAGCAGAA